AUGAGUGAUAGUUCAACAGGCGUAACAAUGGCAGAUAAAUCAAUAUUCUCAAAUUUAAAAAAUGACAUUGGUUCUCAUAUUAAAUCAAGACUUUCACUGAAGGAUGAUAUUCGAUAUUUAUUACUGAAAGAUCAUUUUGUGCCUAGUGGAAAUUUUAAGUGGCCAUAUUCAGAACGUAAUACACACGUGACGGUUGAAAAGCGCUAUUUAAAUCAAAAACAUCUCAAAGAUAAUUCGUGGCUAGUAUUUUCCCUAUCAAAAAAUGGUUUAUUUUGCCUUCCUUGUGCCCUUUUUGCAACGGGAGGUGGUGGGAAAAGUCUGAAUAGUGGGAGCGAAACAGACGAAGGUUUAGCUAAAUUAAUACUUGAAGAAUUGAAUGAAUUAGAUCUCGAUCCCAGUUUUAUUGUCGGUCAGGGAUAUGAUGGGUGCUCCGCAAUGUCGGGUGAAUUUAAUGGCUGUCAUGCAUUUAUUCAACGAUUAUUUCCAAAAGCAUUAUAUCUUCAUUGUUUACAGUCACCGGGUGGUGGUAUUAUGGAUUGCAAACAACUAAUUGAUGAUAUAGUAUUUAUGUUUAAAUAUAUUCGAAAUGAGAAAUUAGAACAAAAUUAUGAAGAAAUUCUUGAUUUACGCGAUAUAACUGGUCAUGAGGUGAAAAUGCCGUUGAUAACUGGUAGGCAGACAACUCGUUCAAAUGUACCAUCAACAACGCCACAAGAAUAUUAUCGUCUUAAUUUAUUCAUUCCAAUAUUAGAUCAUUUUAUUGCUUCACUUAAUGAACGAUUUUUUACUCAUCAGUGGUUGGUAUUAAGAGUGUCUCGUUUAAUCCCAGCAUUCAUCGAAGGAAAAACAUUUGAUGAUAUCGAAGAAGUUGUUGAAAUGUAUCAAGAUUUGUUACAUGGUUCAACAACUGUUAUUAAACAAGAGUUUUUAUUAUAUCAGAAGAAAUGGAUAGAUAUUCAGCCACCUGACCGUCCUAGUAAUGUUAUGGAAGCUUAUCUGUCAUGUAAUGAAACAUUUUAUCCUAAUAUAAAAAUAUUAUUAAACAUUUAUGCAACAUUACCGGUAACAACCGCAACCGGUGAAAGAAGCUUUUCCAUAUUGAAGCGCCUAAAAACCUAUUUAAGAUCAACUAUGUCUGAAGAUCGUCUUAAUGGAUUAGCAAUGUUAACCAUAAACUCGGAUAUAGCUAUAGAUAUUGAUGAAGUGAUAGACCGCUUUUCCAGAAAAAAAGGCGUGCUAAUUUUGUUUUAUGAUUAUGAAUAUUACUUUAAUUCUAUCCUGUGUAAAGCAAGGAAGAGUAAUAAAGGAAAAGAAAUAAUGACAAAACGAGAACCCCCGUCUCUCAUCAUUUCAAAUCUUUGGCUUGGUUGUUUGCAAGAUGCUCAAGAUGUUGAAUUUCUUACCACAAAUGGAAUACAAAAUAUCAUUAGUAUCUGCUUACAACCGCUUCCGAAACACGAAAAUUGUAUUCACUACCGUUUUGAAAUUGAAGAUAACGCCGAACCAUCAUCAGCUGAUACACAAUAUUUCGUUGAUCUUCUAGACAAAGCCGUGCCUGUACUUCAACAGUGCAAUGGACAUCCAACUCUAAUUCAUUGUGGAGUGGGACGUCAACGAUCAGCAGCAGUUGUGGCCGCUUAUUUAGCCAUGAAAAAGUUCUCAGGCAAUGUUGAAGAGGCUGUGUUUCAUGUGAUGAACAGACGGGCAACAGCGUUUCGUGUCGUUGAUUCGGGAAGCGUUAAGAUUAAAGUCAAUUGGCAAAAUGCACUGAGUGAGUUUUGUAAAUCCAAGAGGUAG